AUGCGGCAUUUUCAGCCGCCCGGCCAACCAGCCGGAGGAUUCGACGAUAAUGUGUGGAAGCAACAGACACAUACACACACACCUGAUAAGAGGCAGCACACCUUACCGGCACAGUCACCGCCGCUUGAAAUCAGUACGUCAGUACGGUUGUGGUUUCGUUCUCAUCGUUUAUCGUUCUGGUCGAAAAACGAAUGUAUCGCUAUUCAACAGCAGAUAUGGGAUCAUGAUAAGCAUGAACUACGACAAGGCGAGGAUCUUUACGUGAAACGAUUUCUCUACGCGGUUACGGUAGCUCGAAAGACGAGAUAUUACAAUGGAUAUCGACCUUCGGAUGUGCCCAGGAGCAAAUCGCUUACGAGAAUCUUCAUGGAACAACGAUACCAUCGUUCCAAAUCGUCACCACCAUCGCUACAAAAACAGGAUCGUAGUGAACCGAAAGUAACGUUGUCUGAUAGUACCGAUGGAAUCACCACAAGGAUCGAAUUCAUUGAAACCGUGGAAGAGAGUCCCCUAAGAGAGCUGAUUAAGAAUGAUUUGGAAGAAUGUGCACAGUUGGCCAGGAAACUUCCACGUGACAAGCGAGAUUGGGAACAUGUUCGCGAUGUUCAUCUACAGGUUUCCAAUGGAGUCCCACAAAGAGGAGCAACAUUCCGAAUGGGAGAACAUCUUUACGGAUUCGAUAACAUACGAGAUUUAUCAUUCAAUGUUGCGGAUCAAGUCGAUAUGUUUUUUGGGAGAAAACCGAGCAGCGCGUUACUGUAUCAGUCACCGUAUCAUUUCCUUCACGACUACAUUGAGGAUUACGGACGAGUUUUCUUCAAUUCAACCCUAAGUCGUUCCGCUCAUGAUUUGUCUGAAUGGCGAAAACAACAUUUGGAGACACCGAGUAUCGAUAGCCCGUUGAGCUUAUCAGAAGUGGAUUUGAGCCGAACUGAUGCGGUGCGUAUAGACGAACAUCAUGAGCCGUACAGACCAAGCACCACCGUUUCCGAUCACCAGCGAGAUGUAAGCGAGAAGCGAUUCACAACAAAUGAAUGGUGGUCAUCUAAUUUUGUAGAUUAUGGUGGCAGUAAUGAGCCCAGGCAAUGGGAAAGCGUCUCUGACCGAACCGGCGCGUAUGAUUUCACAAAACAUUCCUCUAUUUUACCCAAUACAGGAUUACAUGAAUCUUCAAGCAUGGAUCAUCUUGCCUCUUCCUCCUACGAUCACCGCGAAACCGGAAGCGGCGGCGAGAAAAUGAAUGAUAAACAAUAUUCAUCCUUACACUCUCUGGAAUAUCAAAAAGAUAUCCGCGAGGAACCAUUUAAUUUCAGUCAUCAUUCAAUCGGAGACUAUCGCAGUGACUCUGCGAAUGAAACAACUCACCUGGUAUACGAUGAGCCUGAUCUAAACCCUAUGCUUCAGACAGAAGACAGAAUAAGAACCACAAUAUCCUCGUCCACACCCUCCACGCUUGACCGCCUCUCAACCGUCCCAGACUCUAUCGAAGCCUCUCAGAUACGGUCACCCUCCAGCGCUUAUUCGAACAUGUUCUCGGACCAAAAAACUUCCGAAAGAAAUACUCACAGUGUGAUUGGCGGAUCUGACAGUGAAAGAAUGUCAACAACACUGAAUAGUGGCGAACAUCGUUAUGAUCCAUACGCAACCGAUACGACAUCCUCGACAGUGGUGGAGAAAGAGUACAGGGAGGAAGCGAAGACCGCAAAUCAACUGCGAGAGAAAGGAGUUGAAGGAAACAAGAGCGGUGGCGAAUUAUCCGACAGCGAAACACUUGUUGCUCCACGGUCGCCGGAUUCUAUGUCAGAAUCCACACUUUUACCGAAUGAUAAGUAUCCGUACGAAGUCGAAACGCUUGCUCCUACUGCUGAACUGGAGGAAACGCAUCUAAACAUUUACGUCGAUUUGGUCCCUCCACCUCACCUAUCAGAGCCGGAUGAGACCCAUAACCGAAAUAGAGAAGCAGAAUUACUGCUCCAUGACGUUCACUGCACUCAUCGUGUUCUACAGGAAGAAAUCGAUAAAUAUGAAAAUAAAGCUUGGCUGAAGGGGAAUUCUCCUAAGGAGGUGGUUUACGACUCUGUUGCUGCUGAUCCGAAAAACAUUUAUGACGCCGUUUAUGAUCAAAAUCAGGUCCACCAUGCUCAUGGUGCUAUCGUUCUCUCCGAACCCGUACAACGUCCACUUGCUGUCUCUCCUCCUAUUUACGAGGAAGUACCAGAGGAACGACAUCACGUUGAAGAACUUCAUUACGCAGAGACUGAGCUGUCAAAACGGCCCCAUUACAUAGACGAUGAGAACAUCUAUGCAGAAAUCAAGGAUAUUCCUCAAGUUCCAACAAAGCAAGGAAGCGAUGUGACAAGCGAUAUCAACUAUAACAUCAAUAAGGAGCAAAACAGAGCUCUUAUCGACAAUACGGUGAACGCGUCCCUGGAAAUCCACCAAAAUAUUCCAUUCCAGAGGAAAAAAGAAGAGCUGGCAACGCGGAAACAAACCCCAUACUACAGUUCCGAAAUCGUGCAUGCAAAGCUGGUUAACGCUGACUAUGACGAUGUCGUAAAGGAGAAGGACUAUGAUGUCAAAAUAAAUAGAGAACUCAACUCAAAGCAUCAAAUCAUCCGUGAAUUAGAUGAGAAGCAAAGAUUCUCUACCGAGGAGAACAGGAGUUUGAACCAUGACUACCAUUCAGCGAAGCCUAUCCCAUCACCAACUUUCCAACGACUUCAACACGCAUACACUCCUGAGGAUAUAAGAGAUCACGGAAGCAGUCAGCGAACUUCACUCAGCGGAAACAGAGACUAUGAUAUGAACAAAUAUGAAGGCAAGAGCGAAAAAGAGUUACCGAAAGGAGAUUUUGACAGAGAAACAGCGUUGGCAACGGUAGCCAUUAGACGUAUGAGUCGAAGAAAUCAGUGGACUGAUGAUGAAGAGGAAAGUGUUGGGAGUUACGACGUCGAGCGGGCACGACCGCUACUGUCACCGAGGAUCUCCUCUCCACGUGUUCAUUCUCCGAAUAGCGCUGAAACGACAAUCAGGCCAGCUCCGUUAUCGCCAGGAAAGCCAAAGGCACCCGAACCCGAAAUAAGCCAUUCGCAUAUGUACCACGAGCACGUUUACGGAAAAUAUGAAAAGCUAGGACAAACAGACAAAGAGAGACAGAGAAACACGACGCAUUAUCCGGCAGCCGUGUUCGACGAAAGAACAUACCAAGGAAUAACACUAAACAAAGACUACGGCAGCGCCUCCAGCCUAAUCAAAUCCACCAUCACUACCAGUUCAUCGUCCACCCACGAUAAAACCACACAUCGUUCAAGGAUUCUUGCAAAAAGCGAAGAAAAUCUCCGGCGAGCUGAUGAUCUUCAGUUUGUUCCUGUGGAAACUGCUGGGACUUACAAAGGUCCGGCAACACUACCACCAUACGAGGCUGUUUCAGCUCCUUCUAACUCAGCAGGCGUAGCCACAAUUCGCAAAGGAUUCGUUCUUGAGAUGGCAAAAAAAUAUGAGGAAGAACAUCCGGAUAACUCCAGUAGAAGACCGUUAUAUGUAAAACAUACGAAGAAGAGGGCGGAGAGUCAAAACCCGUCAAUGAUAGGAACUGGUGCAGUUCCAACGCCAAGAAGCAGAUCAGUUCCUUCACGAGAACUAGGAUCCUCCAAAAUCUCAGUCCAAGAAAAAGUAUACGCAAUUGAACAUACUUCUCCAGUUGAAUAUUCGUAUAAUUCGAUGCAAUCUGUCAGUAACGACGAGGAUUCAAAAAGCAGCAGAGAACGAAUGGUGUCAAUUGGUACGAAAGAAUCGUUGAAUCUGGAUGAAAUGGAUCUUCCGCGAUGGAGUCCACAUCGCGGUGUCGAUUCCUCAUUGAAUCAAGAGAACGUUACAAUCGUCCAUCGUUCUGAAGUUGUGGAUCACAUUUCCUCAAAACCUUUACCGGCUACGCCUCGUAUUCCACCACUACGAGAUUUGCCCCAAUCAGCAGCAGAACCUCCGGUGGAGGCGGAGCAAGCGGAGGAAGAGCCAGUGAUUCUCCAAAGGAACGGUUCUGGUCGGCGUUCUUGGCCUGUAAAGACAUACGAAUACGUGGACAUCUCCAGACAAAAACUAAAAAUGCCUGAUAUUGAAACCUAUGUUCGUAAUGGGAACCUUCCGCAUCCGGAAAAGGUUUUUGGCGAGGAAAAUGCUGUUCUGAGAGAUUGGAACCCUCGAGCGCUUGUGAGGACGUUAUACGAAGUUUCGUAUGAACCAAGAGUGGAAACAAAACGAAAUCGAUUCAUCAGUAUGGAAGGUCAUGUCGAGGUUCCAUCGGAUGAAACAUCCACAGUGGCUGAACUGGAAAGACAUUGGAAACAAUUAUACAUGCGUACUAAGGAGGGAAGACUACAAAUUUUUGUGUCACAUUGUGCUGAUGAGGCGCCUGCUGAGGAAAUCGUUCUCUCCGGUGUUGAUGUGGAUGCGAAUAGAGAGGAACGAACGCUUACAAUUCAUGGUGGACGAGACCAUAUACGAAUGACAUUACGCGUCCAAUCGAAUGUGUUUGAUAAAUGGCGACAUUCACUUCUUUCACAUGCAGCUUCUUCACAAAUCGAUGCCUAUGUAAAACCGAUUCCCAAGACUUUCCAGCAUCUCACAGAGAGAGUUGUGGUGCUUGAAUUGGGAUCGUGUUCGAUUCGUGGCGGUUUACUAACCACUGAACCUAGCCUUCCGCAGUCUUUCUUCCCUUCCAUUGCUGUGCGUACUGAUGACGGUAAAAUCGUUGUUGGUGAAGAUGCGUAUGCACCUGAGGUUCGUCAUCAUGGUGAAUUCGUUCGACCUAUCCAAGCGUUGGAUCCCGUAGUGGAGAGGUACACGAUGGAUUACGAUGUUGUGAAAGCGUGCGUACAAAAAGUAGUGAGAGAUCUCAAUGUGAAUCCACUUCAAUACAAGAUCCUCUUAUCCAUUCCUCAAAACAUCCCCAUCGCUCUUAUCGGACAACUGCUGACUCUUGUCCUGAAAGAUAUCGGAUUCCAGGGAGCCGCCAUCACUCGCCAACCGUCAUUGAUACUCUAUGCUUAUGACGUGACCACCGGUGUAGUUGUGGAUAUCGGAGACCGACUUAACAUCGUUCCUGUCAUCGACGGAUAUGUGGUUGAAUCCGCUAUCUGUUCGAUACCGUACGGAGCAACGCAAGUUCGAGAAGCUUUGAGAACCACGCUGUGCUCGAACAACAAAGGAUUGUACUCAUUCCAAAGCCCCAUUGAGAAAUUAAUUCUUCGCUAUGUUCUGGAGCAGACCAGCUACGUUCCCGAAGAUUAUGCUCAAGAAGAAAAAACGUCGAAAGAAGUUAAUGUGUCGCUGGACAAGUUUGAUCCGAUUCCAGGAAUGCCAACAAAAUUCAGCAUCGAUAAUUCACGUUUCUUGUGCACAGAGGGACUUUUCCGUCCGAAGAAAUGGGGUCUGGAUACGAAAGGAUUACAUCAACUCAUUCAUGAAGCUGUACAACUAAGUCCAAUUGACAGCAGGAGAACACUUUACAGAAACAUAUACCUUGCUGGCGGAGCAUCGUUAAUGCCCGGUUUAGCGGAAAAAUUGGAGCAAGAACUUGCUGCCAUUGUUCCUAACACUAUCCAUACACAAGUGCACAUUUCACCGUGGAGUGACAGCUGUGUUUCUCUGGAAAACCUGCCGACGUUCCUUGCACAUCUACAAUCGUCUUGUUUUUAG